UCUGAGGAAGACCGGAAGAAUGUUCUCAGGCUGCAGGAUCUGGUGGACAAGCUGCAAAUGAAGGUGAAAUCCUACAAGAGACAGGCUGAGGAGGCUGAGGAGCUCUCCAAUGUCAACCUCUCCAAGUUCCGCAAGAUCCAGCACGAGCUGGAGGAAGCCGAGGAACGGGCUGACAUUGCAGAGUCACAGGUCAACAAGCUCCGAGUGAAGAGCCGGGAAAUUGGCAAGAGGGCAGAAAGUGAAGAGUAAAUGACGCCAGUGCUGUAAAGUGAGAGAGUUGCAAAAAUGUGACAUUCUAUCACUUUUAUUUUGUAAUCACUGCUUAGUCCUUCAUCAAUAUCUAGAUAAUUAAUGCCUAGAAAAUAAAAAUUGUAGAGCUUUUCCCAUUUAAA